AUGGCCUCUUUCUGUGCCGCCUGCUCCCGCCGCCUGCUCUCUGUCAGACCUCCCGCUCGCCUCGCGCCUGUCUCCCGCCCCCGACCCUUCUCCCUCCUCGCAACCUCUCGCCGGGUCGAUACUCCCCUGCGCGCCCUUCCCCCUACUUCGUAUAGAUCAGCCACAACAUCUUCCAUUGGGUCAUCAUCCUCCGCUGCUCCCCAUUUGCCACCCAUCCCUACAAGACCCAAUAUCAAGGUGACGGCUCCGUCAUUGGCUGCCAUCAAGGAAGAGGGUUAUCUCGAUGAUGAUGUCAAACUCUUACCACCCGAGGAGGCAUUCCUGAACAUCUCACCGGAGGCUGUUCAACAAUUGGUCAGGAUCACCUCUCGGGAGCCUCUAGACGUCCUCCAGCGAAACAAACUAGCUCUGCGGGUAGGCGUAGAGAGCGGGGGAUGCCAUGGAUAUCAGUACCUCAUGGACAUUACCGAAGAGAGAGGUGUCGACGACUAUGUCAUGCAACCGGAAGGAGUCCACUGUAUUCCUAUAGUGGUCGAUCUCACGUCUUUGGGGCUUCUCAAGGGCGCCACACUUCAUCAUGCCACUGAGCUCAUCGGCUCCUCGUUUAGAUUACAAGACAACCCCCAGGCGAAGGAGGGAGGUGCUUGUGGGUGCGGUGUCAGCUGGGAGGCAAAGUAA